AUGAAUUUUUCUCAAGAACUAUCGGAAGGCGUGGAAAAGUUUUUGGUCGAUGCAUCGGUGAAGCAUCUUCCUACUCUUCAGCAUCUUCCUACUCUUCAAGAUCUCAUUCCCUUACUCUCUCCUUUGGAGAUAGAGAAACACACACCAUCAGUCGAAUACAAUUUGGAUCGCUGGCUCGAGCACGACGCAAAGUACAACGUGUACGAUGGCAGCUAUUUUGAGGGAUUCGGCGAACAGGCAGAAGACUAUCGCGUGGUACCACGUGCAAGACGUAGAGUACGACUUCCCUUUUACAAAGAACAAGUCUCCAGCUUUGAUCUCUGUUUAAAUACAGAUCACAGAGACUAUUGCGGUCGCAAAGAUACUGAGAUGGGCAUCCUGAGUCGACCUGUAUCCGAUGCGCUUGAACUACCUCUAGACCUCGAAUGGGAUUUUUCGGUUUCUUCGGUUUCUUUCUUGGAGUACCAUGUUUCGUUCUUCAAGGAAAAAUUGGUCAAAUUCAAAAUUGUGCGUAAACUUGUACACUCGUUGGAAGAUAUGUAUGAGAGGGAGUUCGAUUUGUUAAAGGACGACUAUAUUUUUGCACGUUCAAGAAUGUCAACGCUGAAAGAAGUUCAUCGACGUCGAUCGACUCUGAGAAGUCGUAAAGGAUGGGCUCAUCGCUCAUACAACGAAAAUUACAAAGACUUGAAGGAUCUGUCCAAGCAAGGGGUAGAAAGAGCUAAGACGAUUCAAACUCGGCAGAUAUAUCUGCGGAGAUUGUGCACGAGAACGAGUGAUUCUCGGGAAGCCAUGGCGAGAAAUUCCCCUCCCAGCAGAGGUUUGGUCUAA